AGGCAUUUAGGUUUUCCGAAUUGCUGCCUCAUCAAGAAGUUCUUCGUUCUCCGCUAGGGUUUUCAUCGCGAUCUCGUUUCGUCUUUGUUUUUUCGCAAAUCCCAACUUCUUCUCUGUUUUUUCUUUCAAAUCUUUGCCGAAUCCUUCCCAUAAUAGACACAGAUGUCUCGCUGCUUUCCUUACCCACCUCCUGGUUACGUGAGGAAGGUGGCUAGCACCGAGGCGGCCUUGAUCGAAUCGAUUAAGCUCCAAUCUGAAAGACGACAGAGCAAGAAUGAUAGUAAGAAAGAGAAAAGUAAGCACAAGAAAGAGAAGAGCAAGGACAAGAAAGAGAGAAGUAAGGACAAGAAACACAAAAGCAAAGAACGUAAAGAAAAAUCCUCCCAUAGCCGUGACUUGAAUGAUCAGAAACAAAAGGAAUGCUUAAAAGAAGCUAAGGAGCUUCUUAAGGGAACCAAAGUUGAAGCAGAACAAUUAGAAAGGAGUGGUCUCACUGAAGAGCAUGGACAACCUGUAUGGCCUCAGAGCCCUGGAUACUUGUCUGAUGGAACUCAGAUCAACCAUAAGAGGAAAAGGGAUGCUUCAUUACAGUCUAAUGAAGGUUGUAAGCCUGGCAAAAUCAUCCGAAUCAAACUCUCACUAAGCCAGCAAGAGGAUUCAUCAGCUGGCAGUGAACAGACGUGUUCUACAUCUGGUCGAGAUAUUUCUGUUGAUCAAAAAAGAGAUGAAAACAGUCGUGGAUCUAUUCAGCAAAAUACUGGCUUCACCUAUGCUGGAACAGCUGUUGCUGUCAACGAUCCCUCUUCAUCCAAACCAAAGAUCCAAUCUGUCAAGGACAUUAGUUCGAAAGGUAAUGUUGUGUCAUUACCUCCUCGUACCAGAAGUCCUGCCGAAUCUGCUUAUGAGGCCUUGUUUGAGAAAUGGGUAGCACCACCACUUCAAUUGGAGCAACAAACGGAUGAUGAGGAUUGGCUCUUUGGAAGAACUAGAAAGCAAGAUGGACAAAGUACCAACAACAAAGCUUUCAGUUCUGUUCCUAGCUGUGGUAGAAGUUCGAGUUUGUGGCCGAGAGGACAAUAUCUUGCCGAUGCUGAUGUUUAUUCAUUACCUUAUACGAUCCCAUUUUGAUUUUGAAUUCUUUACUUCACUGAGUAAUAUGUACAGUAUGCCGGUAGGAACAAUAGUCUUACUUUGGCGGUUAUAAUUGUUUUAGAAUCAAUAUAGUUGACGCUCAAUUUUGUGUCCUCUGUUGGGUACCGAUGCAAUCUGCUGUUACUUCCCCUUUCGAUUAAUGAACAAAACGUAAAUUCUUGAGAGAUAUAUGUAAAUGUAUUGCCAAGAUAUGUUUAUGACAAUAUAGCACGGCUUUUUUUCACUUCAA